AUGUCUGACGGUGAUACGAUCAGCGCUUCUGAUUUCUACGUAAGAUACUACGUCGGACACAAAGGUAAAUUCGGACACGAAUUCUUGGAAUUUGAAUUCCGACCGAACGGGCAGUUGAGAUACGCCAACAAUUCCAACUACAAAAAUGAUACGAUUAUUCGUAAAGAGGCAUUCAUUUCUCCGGUUGUGCUCCAGGAGCUAAAGAGGAUUGUUGAGGACUCAGAAAUUAUGCAGGAGGAUGACGCAAAUUGGCCAGAACCUGAUAAGGUUGGACGACAAGAGUUGGAGAUUCUCAUGAAUAAUGAGCACAUUUCGUUCACUACUGGAAAGAUCGGCUCAUUGGCUGAUGUGAACAAUAGCAAGGACCCCGAUGGACUUCGAUCGUUCUACUACCUUGUACAGGAUCUUAAAUGUCUCGUAUUUUCAUUGAUUGGUCUUCAUUUCAAGAUUAAACCCAUCUAA